CAGCAGGGCCGGACCACUGACUCUCUCCUCUGUGUGAAUCUGUCAGGGAAGUGGUGUGUGUGCGUGUGUGCGUGUCCCCAUUGGGAACACCUCUUUUUAGACUUGCAGCACUCUUUGGGAGUGUUGGGCAGGCUUUUCUCUUGUGAGAGAGUGUGAGAGAGGAGAGCAGACCCCCGCGGAGCUGUGUGAUUUGACUAAACAAACAGCCGGACUCGGAGAGGCACCUCCUCCAGCGGGCUCUUGGGACAGUAGAGAUUAACCUCAGACUCUGAACAUCUGAGGGAUCUAUACAUCUGAAGCAGCAGCCCCUGUGGAGACGACCAGCUGAAAAUCUCUCCUCCGAUUUCAGAAGGGAGAGACCGACUGCUGGCCUUAAACCUCUUUGGACAGAGAAGGAGGACUUGUCAAUGCAUCGAGGAUCGCUCUGAAGUUUCUUUGCAGAAUAAAGCGCACUGAAGGCUUCCACCAUGCGGAGGGUGACGGCAUCCAUGUUCCAUUUGACAGUUACGGUUGCAGCUCUUGUGUAUUUCUGCUCCGAGUCAUGCUGUCUGGAGAUCACACCUGAUGACAAAGAGCUCGUCCUGGCUCAGGGCUCUUCUGUCACCAUCACCUGCUCGGGCUCAGGAGAGACCACCUGGGAGUUCAAACGGGAAGAUGUGCCAUACAUCCAAAUGGAGCCAUUUCAAAACGGUGGUCUAAGCUACCAAAUAAUGCAAAGCAGCGCUGCAACCAGUGUUUUGACCUUGUGGAACGUGAGCUGGAAGCAUACAGGGGUGUAUCAGUGCAUUGAUCGACACAGUGAUGAAACUAAGGAGGUGGUUGUUUUUGUUCCAGACCCCGACGUGUGGUUCGUAGAGAGCUCCCACGGCAUGGUAACAAAAACCAGUGAGGAAAGCACUAUCCCUUGUGUGGUCACUAAUCCGAACAUCAGUGUCACCCUGUAUGAGACGGACACCGAUGUGCCCAUCAAAGGGUUUUAUGUUCCUAGUGAGGGGUACACGGCAGCGAUAGAGGACAGGACCUAUGUGUGUCAGGGAGAGCUGGACGGGGAGGUGAAAGAGUCUCAGGCCUUCAACGUCCUCAGCAUUGUUGUCCCAGAGACCAUCGACGCCUACAUCAACGUGUCAAAGACCGUCCUGAAGCAGGGCGAACCCCUGACCGUAAACUGCACAGUGCACGGAGUGGAGCUAGUGAAGUUUUUCUGGGAUAUCCCCAACAGAGAGCUUGGUGAAGUCCAGCCGCUGACAUACGUGCUGUCCGCCAUGAACAUGCGCUCCAGCCUGAUCUACCCUCGUGCCAUGGUGGCCCACAGCGGAAACUACAUCUGCCAUGUCCAUGAAGGUGUCCAAGACCAGACUGCCUCUGCAAGUGUCAACAUCACUGUGCUCGAGCUCGGCUUUGUGGCGGUGAAGCCCGCUCAGAAACAGAACAUUUCAGCCAAGCUGCAACAGAACGUGGAGCUUAGAGUGGAGAUUGAAGCCUACCCUCCUCCGUGGGUCAGCUGGAGCAAAGCUGGUGCCACUAUCAAGGGAGACAAAACCAUCAUAACCAGACAAGAGCAUGAGAUCAGGUAUGUCACUAUUCUCACCUUGGUGAGGGUGAGGACGGAGCAGAAGGGCCUCUACACAGCGCUUGUCACAAAUGGAGAUGACUCAAAGGAAGUGACCUUUGACCUGGAAGUCCAAGUUCCCUCUCAGAUUAAAGACCUGACGGACCACCACCUCCCUGGGAAGAGACACUUGGUGACCUGCGUAGCAGAGGGGGUCCCAACCCCGGCCAUUCAGUGGUACAGCUGUGACAGCAUGCUCAAGUGCAGCAACCAAACAGCGGCGUGGCAGCCGCUGCUACCAGAGCCAGAGCAGCUGAGCAUCCAGACCAAUGUCAGCUUCAGUGAGACUCGUAAAACCAGCCAAGUGCGGAGCCAGGUGACCUUCCACAAACCCCAGCAGGUCACAGUUCGUUGUGAGACCAGCAACCAAGAAGGACUUGUUGACAGAAGAGACAUCAAGCUGGUGUCCAGCACUCUCUUCUCCCAGGUGGCAGUAUUAGCUGCUGUUCUGGCCUUAGUGGCCAUCAUUAUCCUGUCUAUCAUCAUCCUCAUCGCUGUAUGGAGGAAGAAACCUCGUUAUGAGAUCAGAUGGAAGGUCAUAGAGUCUGUGAGCCAGGACGGUCAUGAGUACAUCUAUGUGGACCCCAUCCAUCUGCCUUAUGACCUGGCCUGGGAAAUGUCUCGAGACAACCUGGUGCUGGGUCGCACUCUUGGAUCAGGAGCCUUUGGCAGGGUGGUCGAGGCUACUGCGUAUGGCCUCACUCAUUCCCAAUCCAGCACAAAGGUGGCCGUGAAAAUGCUGAAAUCUACAGCCAGGAGGAGUGAGACUCAGGCUCUGAUGUCAGAGUUGAAGAUCAUGAGUCACCUGGGUCCUCACCUCAACAUCGUAAACUUGCUAGGAGCUUGCACCAAACAUGGCCCUCUGUAUCUGGUGACUGAGUAUUGUCGCUACGGCGACCUGGUGGACUACCUGCACAGGAACAAGCACACCUUCUUGCAGUAUUAUGCCGAGAAGAACCAAGACAACGACUGUCUCAUCUCCAGAGGAAGCACUCCGCUCAGCCAGAGGAAAUGCUAUGUGUCUUUUGGAAGUGAGAGUGAUGGAGGAUACAUGGACAUGAGCAAAGAUGAGCCCUCAGUCUAUGUGCCCAUGCAGGAGCAGAUAGACGCCAUCAAGUAUGCAGACAUCCAGCCCUCUCCAUAUGAAUCUCCCUACCAACAGGAUAUCUAUCAGGAACAAGGUGGCGGCAGACUGGACCUGGUCAUCAGUGACUCUCCCAUUCUCACCUAUGAUGAUCUUUUGGGCUUCAGCUACCAAGUGGCAAAGGGGAUGGAGUUCCUCGCCUCUAAGAAUUGCGUCCAUCGUGAUCUCGCUGCCAGGAAUGUGUUGAUCUGUGAGGGCAAACUGGUGAAGAUCUGUGACUUUGGCUUGGCCAGAGACAUCAUGCAUGACUCCAACUACAUCUCUAAAGGCAGUACCUUCCUGCCCUUGAAGUGGAUGGCACCAGAGAGUAUUUUCCAUAAUUUGUACACCACCUUGAGCGAUGUAUGGUCAUAUGGCAUCCUUCUUUGGGAAAUUUUCACACUGGGAGGAACCCCCUACCCUGAUUUGCCCAUGAAUGAGUUGUUCUACAGCGCACUGAAGAGAGGCUAUCGAAUGGCCAAACCCGCUCACGCCUCUGAUGAAGUUUAUGAGCUCAUGAAGAAGUGCUGGGAUGAGAAGUUUGAGAAAAGGCCUGAGUUCUCUUUUCUAGUUCACUGUGUGGGGAAUAUGCUGACAGACAGCUACAAAAAGAGAUACAACCAAGUCGAUGACAACUUCCUGAAGAGUGACCACCCGGCAGUCGCCCGCACCAAACCCCGACUCUCCUCACCCUUUCCUAUUGCCAACCCAGCUUUUGGCUCCCUAUCCCCCGUCACCCUCUCCUUCCCCCCGGCCCCUCACAACCAGAGCCCGAGCCCUAGAGAGAUCAGACAAGAGGCGAACGCACAGGAAGUCAUAACUUCAUUCAAUGAAUACAUCAUUCCCAUUCCAGACCCCAAGCCGGAGGAAGUUUUCACUGACGUCCCGUCAGAAAGCCCUGCAAGCUCUCUGGCUCUGGAGGAGGAGACUGACUCCAUGUCGCAGGACACGAAUGACACUCUUCCAGAGGAGGACAGGCUGGAGGAGACCAGCGAGAGAGACGCUCUGCUGGGCUCCUCGGGAGGGACACCCGAGGUAGAAGACAGCUUCCUGUAGCCACACGUAGGAAACCCUGACAAAACACAGCUCUUUUCUGGGAUUUUUUUUUUUUUUACAAACAUGCCUCAAAAGGAGAACAUGACUAAACUAGAAUGUAGCAAAACUGAGACUGAGAGGGCAACCUCUUUAUCUACACUAAGCACUCGGAAAGUUUUGCCCAUCUUUGACUUUUUGUAUCACACUUAGUACCUCUGAAACUACAAAAUCGUUAGAAAUAAUGAGCAUGAGUUUAUCAUCCAUUUAUUAGAAGCUUGCCACAGUAUAAAUGCGGUACUUGCCUCACACGGACACAUAGAAUACAUACUAUUGAAUCAGUUUACACUAAGUAAAGAUGCAUUUACUGUAUGUCCCAGUCUUAGGAGGCCUCAUGAGAUAUGUGCCUUUUCAGCUGCAUUUAACCAUAUAUCCUUUUUUUUUUGCUCUUACUACUUUAGCCCUCCUUAACAGUCCACAGUGUCAAUUUUUAGAAAAGCGGGUAUUUCUUUUUUUAAAUGAGCAAUUUUAUUAGUUUUACAAGCACAAGAUGAUUUACGACAAUAAAAAUAACCCAUUAAACAAAUUCACACACAUGGAAACAAAACACUGUACAAACAAGAAAAAAAAAAGGUAAGUUACAUAUUAGUGGGAAUCAUGAGCAUUAAACCACAAUGAGCCAUAGAAACGUGUUAAGUGAAUUAAAAUUUUAUGUUGCAUUGUAUGCCUUAAGUACGACCAGUAUCCUCUGUGUUGUAAUAGUUUUGUAAAAGGACCUGAAAUGCAGAUUCUACAUGCACUGUUUUACUAUGAGAAAUAAUUUCUUUUUAGCUACCUAUGUCAUAGGGAGGUUUCUUUGUGAGCAUUUUUUACUUUUCUAAUGUAGGUUUAUUUCGUAGUUCUGUACCAGAUUUGCACUUUAUUUAGAGAAAUGUGGAUAUUCAUAAUGAAGGUUUAAAUACAAUAGAGAUAGAAUAACUCAACUGAGAAUCAGCUUUUGACUUAAAUUUUUUUGCUGUUACAGUAAAACAGUUUCUGUGAUCGACAAGUGAAAAUAAUAAACACAGCAUAUCACUGCCAUAGCACAAGAAGCACAUGAGUGCCUUUGUAUAUAGACUGACAGAGUUUUGUCCUGCAGCCGUUUUUGCUUACUGAAUGAGCUAGAUAGCCAUACGUGUACGUGCUUUUAGUCUUUGUGACAUUGCAUAACAUCCGCUUACACAUUGUUUCAACUCUCAAUACUUUGUCCACCUUUUAAAACAACACAUUGUAGCAAAUUAAAAUGCACAAGAUCACUGUAUCACGAGCUAUGGUACCAAAGCAGUUCUUAACGUUUACAAAUGUAUUUUUUAUAUGUGCCAUUUUAUAAGUUGUAAAUGUGACAAUAAAUGUGUACUAUCAUAGUAA